ACACGUCUAAAUACAUUAUAAUGCACGGUUUUGCUUUCUCAACUCAAAUCAUUUCUGUUUUAUUCUUUGGUGGAGAUUAUAUUUCUUACCAAAAUUGUUCAAAAUGGUUCCAGAUACUCCAGAUACUCAGGAUGCUCAAAAAAUCCAGCUUAAUAAAGUUGUUUUGGAUGAUAACAUUGACAGCACCAGUACUAUCGGUAGUGUUGGUGCUCAAACCAUUGAUAAUAAUAAGGAUUCUGACCAUUUAGAGGAAACUACCGGUUUAGAUAAUAUCGAAAUUGCUGAAACUAAAACACUUGAACAACUAUCCCUUCAAAAUAACUUGAUCAACAAACUAGUGGAAGAGAAACUAGUUGACUUGACAUCCAAUUUCCUCAACUUGCAAAACUCACAAUUCAAUUCUCAGGUUCACUUACCCAAGACCGGUUUUAAUUUCUACAGUUUUACUCAAGGUCUACUUUUGGGUCAACUUAGUGUGAUAAUUGUUUUGCUAUUAUUUAUAAAAUUCUUUAUUUUUUCAGAUUCAAUUCCCAAAAAGAAUUCAAGCCAGGUUAAUGAAAGAUCAUCGAUAAAUUUUUUAUCAUUAACUAAUAAAAGAAAACAACAGCAGACAAAUGAACAGAACUCAAAUACUUUGUCUUUAAAAAUUGCUUCGAUUUUAGAAAAAACUUAUUAUGAUGUCAAUUCUCAUCCAACCGAAUCACUUGACUGGUUUAAUGUUCUAGUUGCUCAAAUAAUCUCUCAAUUUCGGGAUGAGGCUUUAUUGUCAAACAAUUUAAUCAACUCUUUUGAUGAAAUCUUAUCCGAUAAGAGCUCUAGCAACGCUCUUCCUGAUUGGUUAGACAAGAUUAAAAUAACUGAAAUUGAUAUUGGUGAUGAUUAUCCGAUAUUUUCAAAUUGUAGAAUAUUAGAAAAACCAAAUAAAAACCUAGAAGCAAAAAUUGAUGUUGAUUUAUCCGAUACUUUAACUUUAGGUAUUGAAACCAAGUUAUUAGUUAACAAACCAAAAUUUAUGAGUGCUGUCUUGCCAAUUGCGUUGUCAGUUUCAAUUGUAAGAUUCAGUGGUUGUUUAUCUGUUUCCCUAAUCUCUACCUCAGAUGAUGAAUUCUUGAAGUUAUAUAACCAAAGAAAAUCCGAAAAGGAUAAGAAGGACAAAACAGAAUUCACAGGAGGUGCUGCUUUAAUGUUUUUUUUCUCUCAAGAUUAUAGAUUAGAGUUUCAAAUUAAAUCCUUAAUUGGUUCGAGGAGCAAAUUAGAAAAUGUUCCUAAAAUCGGCUAUUUGAUUGAGGAAAAAUUGAGAGGAUGGUUCAUUGAAAGAUGUGUUGAACCAAGAUUCCAAUUGAUUCCUUUACCCAGUUUGUGGCCCAGCAAACAAAAUGUAAGGGUUCCUGCAAAUUCUUCAACUCCUACAAACACUAACAAUCCAACUUGAUCAAAAUACACACUUUUUAAUGGUUAUAUGUAUUUGUAUAUAUGUACUGUAUAAUAAUAGAACAGAAAAUCAAAAGAAAAACAUUUUAAUGAAAUAAUAAACAAAAUUGCAGUAAAUAAAAUAUAAAAUAUAUAUAUAUAUCAGAAACAGUGUUGGAAAAUACUAUAAAAAAUGAUUUUUUUUGUUAAGAAAAAAAACAAAAUAAUAUGGGUACUAGUUUGGUUGAUAAGAUUGUUGAGAAAUUUAAUUGAAAAGCUUGUUGAGAAAUUUAAUUAAAAAUCCUUUUGAACAUUAACUCAAAAAUAGAUGAUAAAUAAUGGCAGUUAUUAAAGAAACAAUCAAGAAAAUGGAAAAAAAAUAGAACAAAAGAAAACAAAAAUAUAUCAAAAAUAUAUCAAAAAAAAAAUUUAAAAUCAAGAAUUUGAAAAUCCAAAUUAAAGA